GCGGCAGUUUCCGGCCGAGGAGCCGCGGUGGCUGGAACGCGGCGCGUUAGGCCUUUGGCGGCCGCUUCGGAGCCCGGCUGCGCCCCCCGCCCGCCGGCGCCAUGGGCAUCCUGGAGAAGAUCUCGGAGAUCGAGAAGGAGAUCGCCCGCACCCAGAAGAACAAAGCUACCGAGUACCAUCUUGGCCUACUGAAGGCAAAGCUUGCAAAGUACAGAGCUCAGCUACUAGAACCCUCCAAAUCUGCCGCUGCUAAAGGAGAGGGUUUUGAUGUGAUGAAAUCUGGAGAUGCCAGAGUGGCACUGAUUGGCUUUCCCUCUGUGGGUAAGUCCACAUUUCUGAGCUUAAUGACCUCCACAGCCAGUGAAGCUGCCUCAUAUGAAUUCACAACGCUGACGUGUAUUCCAGGUGUCAUAGAAUACAAAGGAGCAAACAUUCAGCUUUUGGAUCUGCCUGGAAUCAUCGAAGGAGCUGCACAAGGGAAAGGGAGAGGACGUCAGGUGAUAGCUGUGGCUAGGACUGCUGAUGUCGUCAUCAUGAUGCUGGAUGCCACCAAGGGCGAAGUACAGAGGUCUCUCUUGGAGAAGGAAUUGGAAUCUGUAGGAAUCCGGCUGAACAAAUGCAAACCAAACAUCUACUUCAAGCCAAAGAAGGGUGGGGGCAUCUCCUUUAACUCGACUGUCACGCUGACCCAGUGCUCCGAGAAGCUGGUGCAGCUCAUCCUCCAUGAGUACAAAAUCUUCAAUGCAGAGGUUCUGUUUAGAGAAGAUUGUUCUCCUGAUGAGUUUAUCGAUGUGAUUGUCGGUAACAGAGUCUACAUGCCCUGCCUUUAUGUUUAUAACAAGAUUGACCAGAUAUCUAUGGAAGAAGUAGAUCGUCUGGCUAGGAGACCCAACAGUGUUGUGAUCAGCUGUGGGAUGAAGCUGAACCUGGACUAUUUACUGGAGAAGCUGUGGGAGUACCUGGCGCUUACCUGUAUCUUCACUAAGAAGAGAGGACAGAGACCAGACUUCACAGAUGCCAUUAUUCUCCGGAAAGGGGCUUCUGUAGAGCAUGUGUGCCAUCGAAUUCACAGAACGUUAGCCAGCCAGUUCAAAUACGCCUUGGUGUGGGGAACCAGCACAAAAUACAGUCCUCAAAGAGUAGGAUUAACUCAUUUGAUGGAGCACGAAGAUGUCAUCCAGAUUGUCAAGAAAUAACCUUCUUAGCCACUGCUCACUGGUGCCUGACCCUGCCUUAGGCUGAAGAAUCAGAACUGACUUAUUGUGACCGUAUAAAAGCCAAAAAAAGGAAUAUGUGCUCCAAAGCUACGUAGGCUUCCAUGAAGCUUGUUCCAUUGGAGAUGGGAAGAGACUAAGGAUACAUUAUAACAGGUGGGGAUGGGGGAGACGAGGGAAUUCCCAUCUUGUGACAUUUCGUGCAAGCAAGCUACCUUGCCUAGCAUCUCUAAAAGUUGGAUCCUGAAGCCCAUUUGUUAUGAUGAGAAGAGAAUUGUCUCCCCGGCGGCCUCCUGUACCACUGCAGAUUUCACAUACAUGUCUGUCUGUUAUACCAGCUUUCUCAGUCAAUCGGAAUCUGUGGAUUUCUCCAUGCAAAUAUGACUCUUCUCUUGGUGCCAUUGAUACCAGCACUGAGAGAUGUUACCUGCCAUUCAUUGGACAUUCCUGUCCUUUAAUAUAAGUGUGUCAUUAAAGCAAACCUUUCCCUUCUGCGCUCGCCCAAUACAAGGGCUGCUAGAAUUCACAGCCUUUCUUGCUGUCCACGGGUUUCUUAGUUCUGCACCUCAGUGGCUUUAGACAGCAGUCUCCCACCUCUGAGACAGUCCUAGGCUGAGCUUUUGAAAGUCCCACUCUAUCAAAUUUAAAACCAAUAUUUCAUGCCUCUUGUUAACCCUCUGACAUAGCCGAUAGGGUGUCCUGAUCCAAUCAGUACUGUUGAGAGAGCUGGAAAGUGCAUCCCUAUUAACAAUGGGAUUGACACAUGGCCAGGCCACAGGUGCCAUAGCUACAUCCUAGAAGAGCACCAAGAGGAUUCAUUUCUGUCCAUGUCACAGGUCAGAAAGAUGGCAUUAGGAGAUUCCUAGUGGGAAACCUCUGCCUUCUCCUUCCACCUUUUCUGCCAUAGUACCUGAGGUAUAGUUGUCUGGACACCACUUGUCUCUAAAUCAUGCAUCCACAGCUCCUAAAUCAUAGAAAUAGCUAUUCAGGCUCAAAUCCCAUUCUAUGCUGUGGCCUUUUUUGGCUAUAAUAAAUGAACAAUAGUGCUUCUUAAUGGAGAUCUUCCAUCAGAAAACUUGGAUUUUUCUAAUCAUGCUUUAUUAAAUGUUGUUGCUAACAGUUUA